CCCAGACUGAUAUUAACUACAAAGAAACAACCAUGUCUGCAGAAUAUACAUUCACCGACGCCCUCGCGGCCCUAAACUCCGGCAAAUCUCUUCCAGAAACAACAACCACCCUCCUCUCCCAGCUAACCAAAGCCGAACGCCUCUCCCUAUUAGACGGCGACACCCCCUUCUGGGCAGGCCAGCGCUCCAUCCUGCUAAACCGCUACAACCCAGUCCCCUACACGCACGGGAGCAUCCCACGCCUCUCCAUCCCAGGGAUAAAAUUCACCGACGGCCCACGGGGAAUCGUAAUGGGGCACUCCACCGCAUUCCCCGUCUCCAUGGCGCGCGGGGCAACAUUCGACAUAUCCCUCGAACACCGUGUCGGCCACGCCAUCGGUCUCGAAGCAAAAGCGCAGGGCGCAAACUUCUAUGCUGGGGUUUGUAUCAAUCUCCCCCGCCACCCAGCUUGGGGACGGAUUCAGGAGACGUAUGGCGAGGAUCCGGUUCUGUUGGGUGAGUUUGGGGUUGCCCUUACCACUGGGGUGCAGGGGCAUGUUAUGGCAUGUGUCAAGCAUUUUGCGUUGAACUCGAUGGAGAAUGCGAGGUUUCGGGUUGAUGUUAGGGUGGCGGAGGAUGUGCUGCGGGAGGUGUAUCUGGGGCAUUUUCGGCGGGUUGUGCAGGAGGGGGGUGCUGCUGGGGUUAUGUCUGCUUAUAAUUCUGUAAAUGGGGAGUGGGCGGGGCAGAAUAGGGAUCUUCUGAUUGAGAUAUUAAGAGAGGAAUGGGGAUUUGAUGGGUUGGUGAUGUCGGAUUUUGUGUUUGGGUUGAGAGAUGCGGCGUUGUCGGUGAGGAAUGGGCUUGAUAUUGAGGCGCCAUUUAUACAGCAGCGCAGCAUGCAUCUUGAAUCAGCUUUGGAGAGUGGGAGGCUUUCUUUGGAGGAUAUUGACCGGGCGUGCGAAAGGAUUCUAAGGAAGCAGCUUGAGUUUGCAGUUCGGACGCAGGACAGCCAGCCAGGACUGGAUGUUGUCUUUUGCGACGAGCACAGAGCCCUGGCGCGAGAGGUGGCGGCACGAUCGAUGGUGUUGUUGAAGAAUGGUCCUGUCAAUGGGCAACCCAUUCUUCCUCUGCAGACUGACAAUCUCAAAAGAGUCGCUGUUGUCGGCCGUCUCGCCAAUAUAGCGAAUACCGGCGACAAGGGCUCGUCGCAAGUCUACCCUCCCAGCGUGGUAACACCGUUCGAAGGGAUCCGUGAAGCUCUACCAGAUGUCGAAGUCCUAUUCGCAGAUACAAAAGACGAAGCAGAGAAACUAGCUUCCCAGGUCGACACUGUUAUUUGCGUUGUUGGAUACACCUACGAAGACGAAGGCGAAUACAUCACUCCCCCGCUCGAAGACAACCCAGCCCUGCGAGCCUGCCUUCCUCCCACAAAGACAGACGAAGAGCGCGAGACACUGGCCAUGUUCGAAGGAAAGAUCGACUCCGGCGGCGACAUGAAGCCCGGAAUCGGCGGUGAUCGAACCUCGUUACGCCUUCGUGAAGAAGACGAGAAGCUUAUCGCCGCAGUGGCUGCACAGAAUAGCAACACCGUGGUAUCGAUGGUCGCAGCCGGGGCCGUCAUUAUGGAGAACUGGAAAGAUAAAGUCCCUGCAAUUCUGAUGAGCUGGUACAGCGGCUCAGAAGGAGGGCAUGGUCUGGCUGAUGUUCUGCUAGGCAGGGUAGAUGCGAGCGGACGACUCCCGUUUUCGAUUCCCACGGACGAGGCACAUCUACCGUUCUUUGAUCGAGAUGCUACUGAGAUUGAGUAUACUCGAUGGUUUGGUCAGCAUCUACUUGAUAAACUUGGCGUUGAAGCAGCCUUUCCUUUUGGAUUUGGACUUUCAUAUACAACGUGGGAGGUAGAGGGUGCUACUGCAGUUAAACUGGAUGACGACAAUAUCCAAGUCAAUUUCACCGUGAGAAACACUGGAAAAAGAGAAGGACGGUUUAUUGCGCAAGUAUAUGGGUUGCCGGGGGUAAAAGACUUCCCACGUCGAGUUUUACUGGGCUUUAUUCCUGUGGAUAUUGAGGCAGGGAAAGCGAAGAAGGUCCAGGUAUCAGCGUCUCUUCGGCCGGUACAGAAGUGGGAUAAUGGGUUCAGUCUGCGGACGAAGCAGCUGAAGAUCGAAGUUGCAGGGUUCGCAGGGGAUAAACAGUGCGCUGAAACAGAGAUAUCAUUGUAGUACAGAGUCGCAGACAGUAUAUUACUGAAGCGAAUCCAACUCCCUCCUCUUCUCAAGCAAGAGACCUUCUAACAGCCGAAUCUCAGCUUGAAUCCUUUUCCUCCCUUCCCCAGCAUCAAUAAGCUCCCUUCUCUCACUGUCCGGUCCCCUUUCCAAAUCCCCUUUUUCCUCGCUCUCCUUCCUAUUCCUUUCCUCUACCCGCCUGCUAACUUCUCCCCACCACGCCACCAGACCCGUCUUCCUCGCGACAAACUUUAGCAGUUCCCAGAAGGCGAGAAGGAGGAGAAGUGCAACGAUCAAGCCCAGACAGGUCGGGAAGAGGGUGCCGAAGAAGAGUUUGAAGAAACCGCCGAGAACGGCGCCGAAUGUACGGAAGAACGAGGCGAUGACGGCCCAGAUGCUGUGCAGGAUGCCGGUUUUGGCUGAUGGGCAGGGUUUCAUGGUGAUUAUUUUGACUUUAUUGUGGUUGUAAUGGUGGAUAUAUAUUUUUUUUAUGAC